AUGAAGCUUCCCCUUUACGUCGUCGCCUUCGCCCACUUGCUCUGCGCCGAGGCGACCCGCGGGGAGGAGGAGGAGGAGGAGAAGAAGGAGGAGGAGAAGGAUUACAAGGAGGUCCGCUCGGGGCGCAGGACGUGCCGGCUCUACUGCAGGGUGGGCAUCGGCUUCCACCUCCAGAUCCAUCCCGACGGCAGAGUCAACGGCAGCCAUGAGCCCCACCGCCUCAGUGUCCUGGAGCUCUUCGCCGUGUCCCAGGGGGUCAUCGGCAUACGAGGGGUCUUCAGCAACCGAUUCCUGGCCAUGAACAAGAGAGGGCGUCUCCACGCCACGGAAUUGUUCACGGACGACUGUAAGUUCCGGGAGCGCUUCCAGGAGAACAGCUACAACACGUACGCCUCGGUGAUCCACAGGAACCACAGGACCGGCCGGGACUGGUUCGUGGCGCUCAACAAGCGAGGCAAAGCCAAAAUGGGCUCCAGCCCCAGGGUCAAACCCCAGCACGUCUCCACCCACUUCUUGCCCAGGGUCGGAUUGCACGACGGCGCCCAGCGCGGCUUCGCCAUCACGGACGGAGGCAAAGAGCGGCAGGAAUCGCCUCCGCCGCCGCCCAAACCGCCGGAUCGAACCAACGUCCGUGUGGCAACGCGGCCCAGACAAGUCAAGUACUGGCCCAAGUAUCGUUUUGGAUAAGUGACGCGGCGUCGUUACGAGUAUCGACUUCCAAACAUUCCCAAUAUUUGCUACCUCGGAGUAGUUGGAUUGUUAUUGUUUGUCUAUGCUCACAGCUAGCUACAUGACCGAUAACAUCCCGUUAGCGAGAUUAGCAAGAUUAGCGAGGCAUCUCGGAAAAGUUACCCCCAAACGCUAAUCCUGCUAGCAAGCAAUAACGAAAGCAAAAAUAAGUUAGCCGCCUUGCUAACACUCUGAGAUGCUAACACAUAACAUAAAGACGAAUACUUCCGUCCCGAAGCCAGACGCGUUUGUAGCAUGUGACUUGUGCUAGCGUUAGCACCAUGUAGCAUCUAAG